AUGGAGAGGCGUGCAGCACGACCAGCUGGGGUGCGGAGCGGAGGCGGUGGCUGGGAGGAGGAAGGGUCUGCGGCUGGGCCUAGUGCCCGGGAGCUGGUGGCCUGCGGCGGCCGUAGGGCCAAGGAGGCGGAGGCCGGCUGCGGGAGGCCGUGGGCGCGGGAGGCCGUGGGCGCGCGACCGUCUUCCCGCACAGGUGGGUCGCGGGGCGGGCGACCCGGGCGUGUCCCGGGUCCCGGACCCCCGUGCUCCGGAGAUGCGGAGGGGGGCGCGGAGGGGCGGGGCCGUGGGGCGGGGCCGCGGGGGCGGUCCCAUUGGCCCCCCCGCGGAGCGGCCGCGGCGGCGCAGGCGCGGUUCCCGCCUCCUCGGCCGGCGAGCAGUGGAGGCUGCAUCCUGGUGCGGCUGACUGUCGCGUCGCCGCCGCCUUUUCUGCCGCGGAGCCCCCGCCCGGCUGCCCCGAGUCGGAAUGAGCUCCAGGAAAGUGCUGGCCAUUCAGGCCCGGAAAGCGGAGGCCGAAAAGAGAGAAACAUCCGAAAAGUGAGUCCGCAGGGCGCUCGGUCCCGACCCCGCCCCGCCCCGCCGAGGGUUGCUUGCGGCCGCGCAGGCAGAGCUUCCCGGUCCCCGGGCUGCGGGCGGUGGGUCUCCCGGGACGCGGCGCCGGCUCUGCGUGCCCCGGCGGGGGAGGGGUGGGGGGAGGGGCGCGCGGCCGCGGGUUCCGGAGCCGCGACCUGGCCCGGCGGCCUGCGAGCCUCCCGGGCUCUGCACUCGACCCCGCGCCCGGUGCCCCCGAUCCUCAUCCCGCGCCCCGGAUCGGCGUCCCUGAUGUGUACCCCGAGCCCCUUAUCCACAUCCGUAAUCCGCACCCCGGUUCCUGCCCGGCACUGGUCGGAGAGUAGGCGCGGGAGGGAGGCGGCGGCGCGGCUUGACACCUGGGCUGCGGGACCCAGUGCGCUGCCGCCUCUGCCACCUUCCGGUCCUGCCCGGGCCAGCCAGGUGAAAACCGGAGCUGCUUGUCAAGUGGUUUGGCUCCGGGCGUGUUCCUGGCGCGAGUUCAGCUCCGGGACCGGUGCGUUUCUGCGCUCGGGUUUUUCAUUCGAAACUUUCUGCUCGGGUCGAGCGUUACUUGCGUGCUGCGGCUGCGCCUAGGUCGCUCGCUGCAGUGGGCGGUGGGUGUGUGCGCGGGCGGGUCCCGCGUGGUGCUCGGGACUGGAUCCACCAGCUAUGAUGUUUCAAAUGUGCCAGCGCCAGCCACCUCCAGCCUGGACGUGCAGCCCAGCUGGGCAGCUGCUGUCGCAGAAGCCUUUCCCCGAGAGCUGGGUUUUCCUAGGCGUCAGAGCGCCGCCGCGUGUUCCUCUUUCCUGUCUGGGUCUCCUGGACCAGCUAUCAACAUCUUUGCUCACAUUGUUUGCCUCGCUGUUCCUUUUGCAAGAAAUUUGUGUGUGGUAUCUUUGGUACUAUGGAGUCACCUUUAAUAAAAUUCCGAAAUAUU